GGUCCAAAUGCGCAAUACGCUAACCCAACAACGGUUAAGCUAAUGCGCAAUAGCUUAGUGUUACCGUUAGUUGUAUAAGUGUAUUUUCUGUACAAGCGUAAAUCGCAAAGGUUAAAAACAUGAGACAAAGCAGCAUACAGCUAAAUCCUGCGGGUGGGAGCGUGGCGAGGACCUGGAGGGUCGGGCCGACCGCCACUUGCCGGCGUGAGUUACAAAUAAGGCAUUUGUGUAAUGCAUCGAUAACUUCUAGCUCUGGGGCAUCUACAUCUGGCACUGCUGCGUCACCGCCUUUCGCGGCGCUGCUUGAUGGAGCGCGGCGGGUCAUGGUAGUGAAUGCACUUAAGGCCAAUCGCACAUUGCGACGUCAGCUGAAAAGCGGCAGUCCAGAGCCCCAACAAGGACUCGCCCUUAUGGCUGCACUUACAAUACCACCAGUUCCUGGCAACGGCAUAACCGACUUACUUACGAACCGCGUGUUCUUGGUCGGGUUCUGGUCCUGGUUCACGGCACAAUUCCUCAAGAUCUUCACGAAACGCUUCAAGAAGGGCGUGUGGGACCUGGGGGCGGUGCUGGAAUCGGGCGGCAUGCCCUCCUCGCACUCCUCACUUUGCGCGGGCAUCACCACCGCCAUAGCCAUCCAGCAGGGGCUGGGCAGUGCGCUGUUCGCGGCGUGCCUGUGCUUCAGCGUGAUCGUCAUGUACGACGCCAUGGGCGUGCGCCGGCAUGCGGGCAAGCAGGCGGAGGUGCUGAACAAGGUGAUUGGCGAGCUGCUGGACGAGGACCACCCCAUGGGCGAGGUGAAGCUGAAGGAGGUGCUGGGGCACACGCCGCGACAGGUCAUCUGCGGCGGGCUGCUGGGGCUGGCAGUGGGCCUCUUCUUCCCCGCGUGCUGAGGGCGCCGCCCGGACCACCGCUGCGUGUGUGUAUAGCUGCGGCGACUGCGGCACGGCCAGGACACAGCAGCGACACAGUACGGGGCGCAAACUUAACAGCACAGCUUAUCCUACUUUUCCUUGCUAGAUAGGUUUUUCCAGGAGAUGUGAGAGUCGAGGGGCGGAGGAGCGAGGUGAGCGGACCAUGCAGCGGUGCUGUACGACGUUGUAUGACCAUGUGGCGCCCGAGCGGCACGGCAGCGGGGCCACAGGAUGUUACAUAUCUUUAGGUUGGGCGUUGGGUGUUGGUUGCUCUUGCACGGCGCCAAACGCAGGUGAUUCCCAUGUCCAGUGGGGAGGUAUAGUUUUAAGGGCGGCGUUGCCGCGGUUCCCCCCAUGCGUUGGGAGCACAUAGGAGGGGCAUGUGGAGGCGGAUGCAGCCCGCAUGAUGCUGUGGGGUGCUGUUAGGGACGUGACGAAGGGCGUCGCAAGGGUUGGGUGCAGGGUGGGGUCUUUAUUAUGGCCUCAGCGUUGCGUGAAGAAGAGCUAUUUACGCGAAAUUUUGGUAUCUAAACUAAGGAGACUGACUGGCUGAGAGCCCAUGAUCGCUGCUUUACUCUUGAGGAGGAAGCAACGCUCCUCUUACCUCAGCUUUAAUUGCUGAUUUUGCGAAGGGAUGGCGUUUUUUGCUUUCCGAGGGGUCUUGUGCAUUACUAGACAACGGUGUGAGCCGUCCAUUCGCAUGUGUGGCGGAUUAGCGGGACAGCGGGUAUGGGGUGCCGAAAAGGAGUGCAUGACAUGUUCGUUGGUCGGAGAGCCGGUGGGCGAGCCUGCGUUUGACACUCUCGAGAGCAGGUUGGUUCGUUGGUUGGUCGGUUGAGGCAGGGCAGCCAUGGAUGCGAUUUGCAGGUGUGUGAUAUACAAGAUCCCUCCCGUACGGUUGAGUAGACUGGCAGGACCUAACCUCUUGAAGUCGGAGCGCUUGCAGGCUGAAGGUAUGAAUAGUGAAGAAUGAGGAGUCAUGUUCGAUGUUUCCCCCGGUAAACGCGGAUGCUGGGGGGUGCAUUAGCCAGCAAGGGGAGAGCCACGGCUGCUGGGGGCCAUACAUUCCUCGAAAGGCUCGCAUUCCCCCUCGUUGUCAUCCCACUAGCAUGUUGAUUGCACCUCUGCUGGUGGCAUGCGUGCCGGGGUUGCCAUGCUCGG